CUUAACUUUGGGAAGAUGAUAUGUCUCACUCUCUAUGUUGCUGUUCUUUUUGGAUUUGCAUCUGUUCGUGCAGAGCACUCCAGUCUAGUGACUUCUUUGCCUGGGCUGUCUGAUGAUAAAUUAUCCUUGUUAAGGUUCAAUCAAUACUCGGGAUAUCUUAGCGGCUUACAGGGUGAACGCCUUCACUACUGGUUUGUUGAGUCGUGCAACUCUCCUCAGACGGAUCCCGUUGUGUUGUGGCUCGGUCUUGGUCCCGGAUGUAGCGCAAUGGACGAAUUGUUGUCAGGCCAUGGACCGUUUCGGGUGAAUGAUGAUUUAACACUUGGACUCAACGGUUACAGCUGGAAUUCGAAUGCAAGUAUCAUAUACUUGGAUUCCCCAGCUCUGGUUGGUUUCUCGAUGUCGAGCAAUGAUAAUUUUAGCUAUAGUAGUUCCAAGUUAGUGAAUGACAACUAUGCGGCACUGCUUAAAUUUUACGAAGAGUUUGAUGAGUUUUCUGAGAAUAAGUUGUUUAUUGGAGGGUCAGGAUAUGGAGGUGUACAGGCCAUUCGUUUGGCUGAGAAAAUAAUAGGCAACAAAUCAGUGGACAUUCCACUGAAGGGAAUUAUUGUUGGGAAUCCCAUAUUGGACGGUUCCAUUUUUGCCAAUGCAAGUAUUUAUUAUGCUUAUUAUCAUGGCCUUAUUGCUGAAAGGUUAUGGCAGUCUCUUCAAGGCAGUUGCUGUGAGGAAGGAAUUUGUAAUUUUGCUUCUCCAAAUAGUGAUGCAUGCAAGACAGCUGUAGAAGAAUUCCACACUACAGUCUACAAUAAAGGCAUCAAUCUCUAUGAUCUAAAGUCAAAUUGCAGUGGAGGUGUUCCACCGCGUGACACAUUGCAGUUGCCAGAGGUCACUGCUGCUGGUUACACGAAAUUGACUUGUGUAAACCAGACAGCAGAAACCAUGUACUUUCAGCAAUUGGAUGUUAGAGACGCUCUUCACAUUUCAGCAGACUCACCUCAAUGGACACCUUGCAGCGCAAGUGUCACGAAGCGCUUUGAGUGGACGACUUCUCCAGCCUCUCAUGUCAUUUCUAAGCUAGUACCUUAUAUAGACAUAUUGAUCUAUAGCGGUCUUGAUGACAUGCUGUACAAUUACCUUGCUUCUGAGUGGGCCAUUGAGUCGCUGAACCUUAUGCCAUCUGUAUCUUCCCGAAUGUGGCUUUGUGACAAUCAGGUUGGAGGAUUUAUUAAAGAAUGGGAAAGUGUAAUGUCAGUUCUGACAGUCAAGGGAGCGGGACAUUUUUCUCCAAGGUCACAGCCUGGUUGUAUGUUACAGGUGAUAAAGAGUUUCCUUCAAGGACGUCCUAUUGGAUAAGGUCAUCGUUGAGCUAUGUAUGUUUUCAGUCAGUAGUACAUUUACAUAUGACUAGUAGGUAUAUAGGCUAUUGGUGAGACUCACCAACUGUUUGUUUUUUGACAAUUGCUAGUGUCAAAAUGGGG